CCCCUGGCGGUCCUCUUACGCACCUCCACACAGGACUCGCUGCGGAGGAUGAGCUCAGCUGACUGGCUGUCUGUUAUUAUUAUGUCGCCAACACCCAAACACUGUGCGGCAAAACAGGCGAGUGGCGCUCAGCAUCGCGUCUAAUGAACGAGUGCGCAGGAAGAGCCAUGAGUCACGCAUGAGGUGCGCAGGAUGUCUUUCAAGAAGGAAACACCCCUGGCUAAUGCUGUGUUUUGGGCAGCGAGGAAGGGGAACUUGGCUCUGCUGCAGCUGCUGCUCAACAGCGGCCGUGUGGACGCCGACUGCAGAGACAGUUAUGGAACCACGGCGCUGAUGGUGGCAUCAUACAGUGGACAUUAUGAGUGCGUCAAAGAACUUAUCAUGCAAGGAGCCGACAUCAACUACCAGAGAGAGCCGUUUCUAUUUUUAUCUUUGCAGACUGGUUCUACUGCCCUGUUCUUCGCCUCCCAACAGGGACACCGUGACGUCGUGAAGCUCCUCUUUGAAUUCGGUGCCUCCACUGAAUUCCAGACGAAGGAUGGCGGCACGGCGCUAACUGUCGCUUCUCAGUACGGUCACUCCAAGGUGGUGGACACCCUGCUGAAGAAUGGAGCCAACGUUCAUGACCAGCUGAAUGAUGGUGCCACCUCUCUUUUCCUUGCUGCCCAAGAGGGUCAUGUGACUGUGAUUCGUCAGCUGCUUUCAUCUGGUGCCAAAGUUAACCAAGCAAGAGAGGAUGGCACUGCCCCCCUGUGGAUGGCAGCUCAGAUGGGUCACAGUGAGGCGGUGAAGGUGCUGCUUCUACGUGGUGCUGACCGAGAUGCCGACAGAAAAGAUGGUUCAACAGCCUUAUUCAAAGCAGCUUUGAAAGGACACAACAGCGUCAUUGAGGAACUCCUCAAGUUUUCUCCUUCACUUGGCCUUCUCAAGAAUGGCUCUACUGCCCUGCAUGCUGCCGUUGUUGGAGGAAAUCUUCGAACUAUUCUGCUGCUGCUUGGUGCUAGCGCAGACCCCACACUAGCCAACAAGAAUAACGAACUCCCUGCAGAUCUUACAAAAAGCGAUCGCAUCCUUAAGCUUUUACAUCCGAACAUCUCAAACGGAAACAGCUGAUGACAGCCCAGACUCCUGCCUUCAUGCCUGCCUGUAGAACACUGUUGAUGUGUACUGAGAGGAAAAGACAACAGCAGUGUCAAAUCUACUCAAUUACAACAUGUGCUGCACACGGUGCUUGCUUUAGAUUGCAGAUAAAAUGAAAACUGUCAUAUGCUGAACAAACCUGGAGUAAGUAACACAAAAUAAAUUUGUCUGCCUUGUGCAUCAUUUAAUUUACGCUAUUCCUACAUUUAUGUUGUUCACCCCAGUCAUUGUAAAAUUUCUAGAUAUUUUGCAUAGUAUUUAUUUGCCUUCUUAAAUAAAUGUAAUAAAGUGUAAUUUAAUUUAUUAAUG